AUGGCUAUGAAAGGUGUAAAAGAUGUCGAGAAAGAGGUGACGUGUUUUGAAGAAGAUAGUGUGCCUUAUCAUCGUUCAAAAUCACUUGUCGUGCUACCUCGUAAAUGUGGCAGUGGUGUUAGUAGCUUUGUUACACCAGCAUCUUUAAGCAAUGUUUCUAUUUCAAAGCAGAAAGUGCUCCCUGACUCAACAGAUAUUUAUCCUCACUGUUCUGUUGGAUUAAUAUCCAGAAGUUCACUAAGGAAAACCAACCCGAUCAUCUGGGAUCCAAUGAACGAUGGAAGAGCGAAUUUGAUGAUGGAAACUCUCAAGUAUGAAAAUAUUGAAUUAUUCAACAUCCACGAAGAAAAUAGUAAACUUUCCGAAAACAAACAUACACCUGAUGCCUCUGUAGAUGGAAACAAUUUUUCUAAAGUUUUGCUAAUGUCAGAGGCGGUUACUGAUGGUAUGCUCGAAAGAGUUAAAAGAAAAAGAUGUGCUUCUGUUAUGGAGAUCUUUCCACAGCUGUAUCUUGGAUCCGGAGACUCUAACAAACCGGGUAAAAUAGAAUGGAUAAUAAAGGAGAGCCCCGAAGGAAAAGAUUCAGGAAAUUUGGACGAAAAGAGAGAUAUGGCAGACAGUAGUAAGGAAGACUCUGCACAAAGUUCUCACUUAACUCCUGAUGAUGUCGUGAAAGUUAUUGGUGACAGUCUGUUUCAGAAAGCAAGACGUACAAUUCUAGACCAGCAGAAAAUAUUUUCUGGCCAGAUACUUGAGUUACACAGGCUUAUAAAGGUGCAGAGAUGUAUGGCCAGAUCUCAACAAAAGCUGCUCCACAAAAACUUCAAUGCAAACAAGCCACCAAUCCAAUUCCCCCCAAUGGAUAACUUUCUCUAUGCGAACUCUCUUGACCGAUCAAAAACCGAUACUGAAAAUCCUACUCGGAACCAAUGGCUAGUCCCAAUUAAAUCCCCAUCCGAGGGACUCAUUUACAAGCCCUUUCCUGGGCCUUGUUUUCCGAGCAGUGGUUUCGCCCUUGGAAAUGAAAUUGGCCAAGGUUAUGUCCGUCAUUGCGCAGUGCCACCGGUAUAUAAUCCUAGUGCUGAAAAUUUUCCAUCCAAAGAAGAGCCGGUGGAAAAGGACUGUCUUACCCUUUUCCCUAUGACCCCAUCAAGCGAGGCCGUGAAGGAUGCAAACGAAGGACCAAAGUCGAGAGUGGUCAGAGUUGUGCCCCACAACCAGAAAUCAGCUCCCGAGUCGGCUGUGCGGAUUUUCGAGUCUCUGCAAGAAGAGAGAAGGCUUCUUCUUCGACUUUCUUCAUGCACGUGA